AUGAGUGCAGGCGCGGACCCCGUGGUCAUCGUCUCGGCGGCGCGGACCGCCAUAGGCUCCUUCAAUGGUGCCUUGUCCACCGUUCCUGCCCAUGACCUGGGCUCAACUGUCAUCAAGGAAGCCCUGAAGCGGGCCGCCGUGGCUCCCGAAGAGGUGUCAGAGGUGGUGUUUGGACAGGUUUUGGCAGCAGGCUGUGGGCAGAAUCCGGUUCGCCAAGCCAGUGUGGGAGCAGGGAUCCCCUACUCUGUUCCAGCAUGGACCUGCCAGAUGAUCUGUGGUUCUGGCCUCAAAGCUGUGUGCCUUGCAGCUCAGUCGAUCCAGUUAGGAGACUCCAGCAUUGUGGUUGCAGGAGGCAUGGAAAAUAUGAGCAAGGCUCCUCAUCUGGUUCACCUGAGGACAGGAGUCAGGCUUGGGGAAACACCGCUGACUGACAGUAUUCUCCAUGACGGGCUCACAGAUGCAUUUCACAACUACCACAUGGGCAUUACAGCUGAAAAUGUGGCCAAAAAAUGGCAAGUGACUAGAGAAGAUCAGGACAAGUUGGCAGUGCUGUCCCAGAAUAGGACGGAGAGUGCACAGAAAGCCGGCCACUUUGAUAAAGAGAUUGUACCAGUGUCUGUGCCUUCUAGAAAAGGUCUUAUUGAAGUUAAAACAGAUGAGUUUCCUCGCCAUGGGAGCAACAUAGAAGCCCUGUCUAAACUCAAGCCUUACUUCCUUACAGAUGGGACAGGAACAGUGACUCCAGCUAAUGCUUCAGGAAUAAAUGAUGGUGCUGCAGCUGUGGUUCUGAUGAAGAAGUCUGAGGCGGAGAACCGUGGGCUGACACCUUUAGCAGAGAUCGUCUCCUGGUCACAAGUGGGCGUGGAACCUUCCAUUAUGGGGACAGGGCCGAUCCCAGCCAUAAAGCAAGCUGUUGCAAAAGCAGGCUGGUCACUGGAGGAUGUGGAUGUGUUUGAAAUCAAUGAAGCCUUUGCAGCCAUCUCAGUUGCAAUAACUAAGGAGCUUGGAUUGAACCCAGAGAAGGUCAACAGUCAAGGAGGGGCCAUAGCCCUGGGCCACCCUCUCGGGGCGUCUGGCUGUCGGAUCCUUGUCACCCUGUUACACACGAUGGAGCGGAAGGGUGGGCGCCGUGGGGUUGCUGCACUAUGCGUUGGGGGUGGGAUGGGGAUAGCAAUGUGUGUUCAGAGAGGAUGA